AAUUGAAACAAAAUAAUUUUUUUGUCAUGUUUUGAUCAAAAAGUUGUAAAAUAUUAUAAUAAAUUAGUGCAAAAGUUGUAAAAACUGCAUGUUACAACAAAAAAUUAAUCUAUAAAUUCGCUUUCAUAUUGUACGUUGCUAAUGUGAUGUAGGAAAAUGUCAAAACUGUGCUGUAUCCCGAUCUGCCGGAACUCCAAAGGCGACCGCGGAGUUCCGUGCUAUCCGUUCCCCGCGACGGACGACUAUCUGCGCUCAAAGUGGAUUGAUUUCGUCGGAGCGGCAGAUCCACAGAGAUUCCGGUGGAGAAACAAACAGAUAUGCGCCGAACACUUCCACCGGGCGGAUUUGGUCGAAACCGGUCCGAUGGCGGGAGCAGUCCCUACCGUGUAUUCUCCGGAUGAAGCCGAGGAGGACGUGCUGGCGGAAAGGGAUCGCGUAAUGGUCUCGGAAUCGACGGCAUCCUCCCAUAACAAGGCGAACGAAACCGUCGAUCUGCAGUCGCUGUUCUGCCGGAUUUGCCUCAAGAAAGCGGCGGGAUUGAUCCCGUUUAGCUCGAAGCUCCACAAUGAGAGCCUGGUGGAUGUGAUCUACACGGUAACCGGGCUGGUGCUCGACGAGGAGGAAGUUAAUCUUCCGACGAAGAUUUGCGCCAGCUGCGUGGGGAAGAUCGAUAUGGCGUUCAACGUUCGGAAGGAGUUUUUGCACCAGGAACGAGUGCUGAGGAAUAUGAUAAAGAACAAGCAGUUGGAGGCGCACUACCGGUGCUUCGAUAACCAUGUGGUGCACUGGAAGAGUCAGAGCGAAAUUUAUCUCAACAGCCUGAUGAAGGACGUCAAAACGGAACUGAUCAUAGAACCGGUAGAGGAAAUGGUAGAGGAGCACUUGAACGAUGAGCAGGAAGAUAGAACGGAACAGCCUACAAGCAGUGGGUCAAUACAGCAUGACCCACCCGAGAGCAACCUCACAGUAGAAGUCUAUUCCGAAUCUGGCGAAGAGGAAGAAGCCGGCUCUUCGAAGAAAAUUGUAUAUUCCUGGAAGGAAUUGUACAAACCGAAACGCGUCCGUCAGGUGAAGGAGCACAAAAUUACGGAAGAUCUACCGGAACCGACGCUGGUUCCCAACACUUGCUACAUUUGCAACACAGUUCACGAAAAUGAGGACGAGCUUGACAGUCACAUAGAGCAGCAUGUCCAGCUUGUUCCGUACACUUGUGCCUGCAGCACCGAAGAACAUCCCAUCGUGCUCAAGUCAUUGAUUACUUUGAACAAACAUCUGCAGUCUCAUCUGUAUUCGUACGUCUGUGAUUACUGUCCGUUGCGUUACAUCAACCGGAAGAGCUACAUCCUUCACAUGCAAUGCCUGCACGAAAACAUCAAUUCAGACGGAUAUACCUGCGAUGACUGCGGUCAGUUCUUCACCCAAAAGCGAGCCUUCUCGACGCACAUCUACAAACACCGGGCCAUCCGAGAGGGCAAAUUCAAGUGCGACCACUGCGGGAAAGCGUUCAGCAGUUCGGCUUUACUGACGCGACACCUGCGCAUCCACACCGGCGAAAAGCCGUACGAAUGCAAGAAAUGCAGCAAGCGCUUCAAUCACGAGUCGAUUUUCCAGGUGCACAAGCGAAGUCACAUUGGCGAGAAGGCCCACGUCUGCUCGGAGUGUAACAAAAGAUUCAUCAACGCUCCCAUGCUGCGCUAUCACAUGGCCGAGCACUUUCCCGACGAUCCUCGAUAUCGUACUCAGUACAGCAUAAAACGACCCAAAUACGACCAUGUAAAGGACGAUGUAAAUCUGAGUAACCCCAAGGGCAUUGUUACCGAUGGGAAGAACCGCUACUCAAGGGAGAGGGCUUGCGAAUUCGAAAACUGCACCUUCACGACGACCUCGGUCCAGAGCUGGCACUAUCACCUGGCGACGCACACCCGGAAGUUCCAGUGCGAAAUCUGCGCUCGCCGGUUCCCCACCAAGCAAACCCUGGUGAAGCACGUCGAAACGGCCCACGAAGGUAAAAAGGCGGCGAAAACCAUUCCGUGCACGUACUGCGACAAGAAGUUCAGCAACAACCAGAAGCUGCGGUAUCACCUGGACAUGCACGAGAACAACCGCCGGCACAAGUGUAGCUACUGCGAGAAGGCAUUCGUCCAAGUGGCCAACAUGAAGGCGCACGAGCGUAUUCACACCGGGGAGAAGCCAUUCCCAUGCCGGGCGUGUCCGGCCGCGUUCAUCACCUCGUCCGGUCGGAGAAAGCACGAGAGAACUCACCCCGAGUUGGACGCAGGGCAACGCGGUGUCGAAACGAAAGCGGAAUAUUCAGGAGAUGGGAAUUGAAGUUCGACGAGGGAGUGGUGUCCGAGUGGGUGAGUACAUAACGUAGGUUGAAUAGUUUGAUUAAAACAAUAUUCAUUAUAC